AACUGAGGAAGAGUUUAACAAGUUAUUUGAGAAAUCGGGUAAUGUCUUAACAAGAUCUGUGGCAAAAUUUGAAAGAUCCAGUCAAGGAAAUCUUCAUGUACAUGUAGUUUUAACAUUUUCAAAAAGAGUGAGUAUGAAAUAUGUUAAGCAGUUAGUUGGGUGUGAGAGGAUUUCUUUUCCACCUGGUAUUACAUGUAGUGGAACUUCAAAAGACAAUGAAGAUUACGUGCUAAAAAAUUGGGGCCGUUGUGUUAUCCACCACAAACCAAAGGAAGGAAAGUUUUGUAAAUGUUCUUUUUCUAUCAAAGAAGAUAUUAGCAAAUGUUCACUUUGUAAGAGUUCUUGUAUAAGUGUACGAAAGAAAGAAUUGUUAGAUGAGGAAGGUGCUGGACCAUUUAUUUUUGGAAAAUUUCGUGUAUUAGAAGGCUCGUCAGAUGAAACAGUUGAUAAACUUAAUGAAAUUAGACUAGAUAAUGAAUACAAAAAGCAAAAAAUUAUAGAAAAUCUUAGUGUUGGAUCAACAAAUAUCGAUAUUAUUAGUAAUUUAGAAGGUAUCCCAACAUCCUAUGUUGAUACAUAUUCAGGUAUAAAAGCACUUUCAAAGGAUUUAGAAAAGUUAAAAAAUAGAGUAAAACAUAUACCAGAAAAAAAGUUUUAUCCAAAAAAUUUCUUGUUUUAUGGUGAUUCUGGAUCCGGAAAAACAUCAUUGAUUCAAAAAAUAAGCAAGGAUUUAGCAAAAGGAAAAGAUAUUUGCAAGAAAGCAAAUGAUUCAAAAUAUUUCGAUGAAUAUAAUAAUCAAGAAGUUAUUUGCAAACAAGAGCUAUCACAUGAUACUUGGAAGUUUCAAGAUCUGUUGAAUCUUUGUGAAAAAGAUGAAUGUAUUAUCAAACAACGAAACAAAAAAACCUAUAGAGUUUACGUUAAAAGUGAGGAGUCGAGAAUAGCUUUGCAUAGAAGAUUUUCAAAAUCAUUAGUGUAUACUCAUGGCUAUAUGAUCAAGAUGUUGGGGCGAUAUGUUGAUGGGAAGGUUAAUUAUUGCUUUGCGUGGUUGGAACCUGAUGAACCAGGUGAUUUGUUAGAUUUUAUUAAUGGGAGAUUUCAUAUUAAAUUUGCAGAGAAUGUUAAUAUUGAAGAGGCAAAAAGAUACGUUUAUGAUGAUGAUUUCGAAAAUUUGUUUGAGAAAGAUGGUGAUGUUUUCAUGAAACGAGAGAUAGACAUGAAUGUAGUAUUGGGCGGCGUGAUUGCAAAUGUAGAUGUUGACAAUCAUAGUUUUACGGUAUAUAAUCGAUAUUGGAAUGGUGAUCUUCCUUUCAAUAUCAUUAUUCCAGAUAAUUUAGAAUCAUUGCAUAAGAAUUUACGUCAAAAAUUGUAUUGGGUUGAGAAAAAGCCCAUUAAUUUUAUUGAAAAUAAUAUAGAAUUAGAUCCACAAAUAGAAUCAAGCACUAAACGUAAAUUAGAUGAUACAGAAAUAGAAGAUAGAGAAAAAGAAAAGCAUGUAAAGCUUGAUUAA